CCUGUGUCAGUUGCGUUUUCGAGUGUAGUUGCUGUUUUCGGUUUUUUUCUCUUCAAACUGUAAAGAAAAAACAAUAAUCAUAUCCGUUGGUGGCUUUUGCGAAGCAAAAGAGUGACGAUAGUGUUAAUUACUCAUUAAAGAAAUAUCUAUGAAGAAUAACAAUUGACCGAGCGUUUUUGCAGGAGCAAGUGCCUAGCUAGUUAAGUGCAGUGCAGCAGGUGUUUUUGGGCGGUUUCAAUUUUUUUGGCAGAUUAAGAUUUGACCUGCUUCUGAAACUUGCCGAGUGAGUUUGUGUAUCCCCGGGCGAAAGAAAGUGUCCGAUAGUCUGCAGAUUAAAAACCGAAAAGGAAGUGGUCGAAAUUAACGACAUCCACAGGCGAAUAGAGUGAGAGUGAUUUGCCCAAAGGGAGAGUGAUCGGAAGAAGAUGUAAGCAAGUGUAAUGCUGAAGUGUGUCAACCGUUGCUGCUGGGCUGGUGAGGAUGAAAGUUGUCCAUUCACUUGAUGACAUAUUUGUAUGGGCUCCGGUACAAAGUUAGUGAGGGAAAGGUCUGCUAAUUUUGCUGUUUCAGUGUGAGAGUAAACGAAGAAGCCACCGUGCUGACAAGUGGUAGUUCAAAGUUCCGACAGCGAUUGGUCGGCGGAAUGAAAAGAAAUGCCUACACCUAGCUGAAGAAAGGAAUGCUAUCCAAAGUGUCACAGCAAGGGUGCAAGUGAUGUGAGACCGAAGAAGUUCUACCCACUGCAUGCUGGUACGAUUGUGAUUGAGAAUCUUAAAGUGGAUGCUAGCUGGCGGCCUCAUGCAGGAUCUGGAGAGGCCAUAAACGUGUGCGUUGUAACUGUGCUGUGCUUCUUUCGCAUUUAAGUGCAAUAAGAUAGGUACCACCCGGGGAAUGCUGAGCAAAACUAUCUGCAGAAUGCCCGGGAAUUAGCGAGGAAUUCAAAGAAUCGAAGGUUGAUUUGUUUACUGCUCCGGAAUAGAUGAUUACUGUCUGGUGAUUAGCGAACAAUUGCUGAAUGGUGUGCUGCAGAUAUUUUACAUCAGCAUAAGAUCCGGUUGUCCAGACCAGCUGGUUGCCGUGGAAUGUUCGGUACGAAGCCCUCCCGAGGAUAGUGCUAGGAAUAUAUGUUGAGUGGUGUUCGGUUUUCGACUCGUAGACGAAGCUGCGACUUGCAAUUUUAGUUUAUACGUUCUGUGCUGUCGAACAGACGGCCUGCAGCAGUUCUUUAUUUUGCAAUAAAAAUUUAUUGGCAUUCUAGCGUGGCCUGUCUGGGGCAGAGAGAGAAAGAGAGAGUGCGAAAAUUGAAUUUUCAAGCUUCGCGAAGUGUGACCAGCUGAUAGUGAUUCGUGUUUUGGGUUUCGAUGUCUCGGUCGGUGCAAACCUAACGAGCCGGAACAGAGCUGUUGAUUGAUGAUAAUUGACCCGAAGUUUGCGCUCCAAGUAGUUUCCGAGUGUUCAAUUUUUCAGUUCGAAAGAAAAGCGAGGGGUCCGAAAAUGAUGUGCGGUGAUUGGUUUAUGUGAUAGGAAACCACGUUAGCAGGACUGUGCUGCGAAAACCUUUACUCCGGUCGUUUGUCGGUGGUUUACAAAAAGCGGUUUGCGCUGCACGUGAGUGAUGAUAGGGCCUUUGUUAGGAAAAAGCGAUACGAAGCAGUGAUUGUGCGUUGUCCGAAUAGGCAUAAAGUUAAUAGGAUUGCUAACGAGUUUGAUCGAGAAGCUCCGAUAGAACAUUUGCGCUAUUGAACUUCAAGAGAUCAUCAGAUAGCGCAUAGCAGGAUGCUGAUGGAAAGUUCCCGCUUUCCGCAGUACAAACUAGGCCAGCAGCGCAGCACAGGACGACCGGCACGACGCCACGACUUUUAGAAUCAACAACGUGACACGGCUACACAACACACGAGGAACGUCACAGCCAGAGCAUGACCAAAGAGGCAUUAGCACUUGAAACCGCAGCAACCGGCAGCAGGCAGCAGCGAGCCGUCACAAUCGCUGGCUCAAUUACGCUCAAUCAUAGUGGGAAGGAUCCAGAUUCAGAUCAACGACUGCGGCUGGGACAGCGGCACUCGUGCAGCCGAGCCUCGUCGGUGGUGGCCUCACAUAUGACGAACCGGACAGCCUGGACGCUGGGCCGGUGGACGUCCGCCGCGAUGGGGAGCGGCUUUUUGCUGCCGCGGUUGCUUCUGCUGGCCACACUGCUGAUACUAACCCACAAGGUGCAGGCCACCGACGGGAAGUUGCAGCUGUGCGAAGUAGAAACCGGCCAGACGAACAUCAUUCUCGACAUCGAGGAGAGCCGGGGUAACUUAACCAACCAACGGACGACACCCCCAGAGCUUCCCAUCUACGGUGAUCCGGAGGAUGAAAUCGCACUAGAUCUAAUUUUCCCGAAAGGCAAUCCGACAUUCCUACUGAACGGCAAAUCGCUGGAGCUGAUACAAGCUUUGGACCGAGACGAAGAAAAUCUUAGCCAUAUUGUCUUCCAGAUAACCUGCACAAUUCGAUCCACGCGUCGCAAGCGCAAUAUUCCGAUCAUCGUCCGGGUGUCGGAUGUAAAUGAUAAUCCGCCGAUGUUUAUCAACACACCGUACGAAACAACUGUCCCCGAGUCCACCCCAGUCGGUACGACCAUCUUCCGGAGCAUCCAGGCCCAGGACAAGGACGCCGGUGUCAACGGACUGGUUGAGUACUUCGUCGUCGAGGGCUCCCAGCAAAGCAUCUCGGACAUCGCACCCAACACGCUGACAGCGGCCGACGGUUACGGAGUGUUCGCGAUUGCAUAUCCACACCAAGGACAGGUUACCGUCGUCAAAACCUUGGAUUACGAGCGCAUUCAGCGGUACUACCUGACAAUUGUCGCAUCGGAUCGCGCGCGCAACUCUUCGGAGCGUCUGUCGGCGACAACCACGCUGACGAUCGACAUUGCCGACUCCGACGAUCAGGAUCCAUCGUUCAUCUACCGAGGAUGCGUUCUGCUGGACGGAGCCUGCCUCAAUCCCGAAUACAGUGCUUCCGUUCCGGCCGGAAGUCUUCAGGGCGUUCUAACGGUAAGCCCCGAACGGAUCCAGGCCGUCGAUCUGGACACCAUCAGUUCGCCAAUCCGGUACUCGUUCUUGAGUGGCAUCCCCGGUAACUACGGAGACUACUUCGAGAUCGACUCCCAGACGGGAGUGCUGAAGCAAACAAAACUGGUGGAUUCGUCGGUUACAGCGAAAAAAUUCGACAUCAUCGUCAAAGCUGAAGAAGUAUCGGAGAUGAAACGUUUUACGACGGCAAAGUUAACAAUUCACGUGAAGCCAGUGGAUGCAUAUUCACCGGUGAUUAGUGUUACGUCAACCGAAGGUUUCGUAGAUGAAAACUCACCCAUUGGCACAGUAGUAACCGAUGCAAAAGGUAAUCCGAUUAAACUAACCACUACCGACGCCGAUAUCGGUUCGGAAGACGAACCAGUCGAGUAUAUUUACGAAGUAACGACACCAUCGUUUGUGGUUUCCAAGAAAGGAAUUCUGCACGUCAACGAGGAAGGGCUGGACCGAGAUCCUCCGAGUCCUGGAAAAUAUCGAUUCCAGGUGGUGGCCCGUGAGGCCAAUGGUAAUGCGGCUAGCGCCCCAAUGAGUUUAACUGUUCAUCUCAAUGAUGUAAACGACAAUGCUCCCAAGCUGGCAAUGGUUGCUCCGGUUAGUUUGACCGCCGGCGAUGGCAGACGGCUAGUGACGAAGGUUUCGGCAACGGACAACGAUACCGGAGAGAAUGCUGUCAUAACCUACUCGCUGUUUCAUGUGUCAAACAAUGGAGCCAACAAGUUUGCGAUUGAUCCGAAAACGGGGGAGAUCGAAACGAGAGCAAGACUGAAUGCAGGCGAACAGUACAGUAUAACGGUGCAGGCUUCGGAUAUCGGUUCGCUGACGUCGCAAGCGAUUGUAGAGGUAUCGGUUACGCCGGGACCGAACACAAAACCACCGAGGUUUAUGAAACCGGUUUACGAUGUACAAGUGAGUGAAGGAGCCGAAAUCAAUUCGACGGUCAUUGUAGUCAAAGCUGAAGAUCCGGAAAAUGAUCCGGUGAAGUAUGCAAUUACAACGGGAAACGAUCUGCGCCAGUUUGCGAUAGGGAAAGAAAGUGGUGUUAUCAGUGUGAUCAGAAAGCUGGAUAGGGAAGAUCUCACUCGGUAUCAGUUGAUAAUUCGAGCGGAAGAUAAUGGUGGCCUAGCGAGCAGCGCAACUGUUAAUAUCAAAGUGACGGAUAUAAACGACAAGAACCCGGAGUUUGACGAAAGUAUGCUUCCGUAUGUGUUCUAUGUGGAUGAGGGUAAAGAUAAUGUGGUAAUUGGAGUCGUGCAUGCAACAGAUGCCGAUGAGGGUAUGAAUGCCGAGAUUACUUACACAAUUCCGUCGGAUAUUCCUUUUAAGAUAAAUUCUCGAACAGGAGAGAUUAAGACGAAGUCCGCUUUGGAUUAUGAGAAAAAGAAAGAAUAUAAAUUUGUAGUUACUGCACAGGAUGGGGCUCCAGAGCCUAGACUGGGAACGGCUAGCGUGACGGUGAAGGUUCGUGACAUACCGGAUGAGGUUCCAAGGUUCAUGGAGUCGAUGAUUGAAGUAAAAAUUCCGGAGAAUGUGCCGGACAUGGUGGUAACCACUGUGCGAGCUUUUGACCCUGACACUAAACCCGAAAUAACCUACACGAUUAAGAGAGGUCCCGGAGAUUUGUUUAAAAUCGAUGCGAAGACCGGUCUAGUGAAAACGAUCCGGGGCUUAGAUUACGAAAAGGAUAAAAUUCAUGAGUUGAUUAUUGGAACGCUGGAGAACAAUGGCACUAAUCCGGGAGAUUACAUUAAAAUAAUGGUUGAAGUGGAAGAUCGCAACGACAUUCCUCCGGUGUUUGUUGCGAUUCCAGAACCAAUUAAUAUCAACGAUGACCUACCGAUUGGGGCUAUUGUUGGGUCCAUGCCGGCAGUCGAUGGUGAUGGAUCGUCUCCCGGCAAUGUCGUGCGCUACGAAAUGGUCGGACGAGGAAAAGCCCUGAAAUAUUUCCAGGUUGACCCAGACUCGGGAAUUGUGCGCAUUCGGGACGAGCUAAACAAAGAGGAGGACUCGGAAUAUCUGGUCGAUGUACGGGCCUACGAUAUGGGAGAACCCCAGCUGAGCUCGGUAGCUACCCUGCCUGUCUACGUCAGUCACAUUCCAGCGAAUCCAAAUGGGGAUUCUGCAGAGUCAAGGGUCGACGCUGGUGGUAUUGUCAACUUAGAAGUUCAGGGAUUGGCAUUCAGUGACGAUAGUUACACUACAAGCGUACCAGAAUCGACUGGAAUCAAUGCGACAAUAAAACUGAUUCAGAUAAUCAACUCAAAGAAAGCAACCAAACAUAACGGAGGGUUCAAAUGUGAAAUUAUCAAAGGAAAUGAUAUCAAUCUUUUCCGAAUUACGGUCGAAGACCAUGCUUGUGGAUUGGUUCUGAACGCACCGUUAGACUACGAAACGACCAUGGUUCAUAACCUCGAAGUUCGCUUAGUUUCGAACAAGUACUUCGUGAACCAACAUAAAAACUUUGCUCAAGUAAAGGUCAUCGUGCAGGACGAUAACGAUAACGUUCCCAAGUUCCAAUUCCCAACAAGCUUCCAGCAAGGCGUUCGAAACGAUACCUAUUAUACAGUAAUAAAUGCCGAAGCCGACAUCGAUACGCCUUUAAUUACAGUCAAGGCGGUUGAUAAAGAUGCGGGUAUCUACGGCCAGAUCAAAUAUCACAUCUACGAUGAAAAAGUGAACGAAAUUCCAGACGAUGAUUCGCCAAGCUCGUACUUCACCAUCAACGAAGACAACGGCAUGCUGAAAACGCAGAAAAGUUUGCAUGGAACAAAACAAACUCCAUUGGUGUUCAUCGUAGAGGCACGGGACAACAAUGGCAAUAACCAGCCCGGGCCAAUGCACAAAGCAAAAGCCAGAGUGGUGGUCAAUACUAUUGCAGACAUCAAUCGUAUGACGCUUGUGUUUUCAGACUCCACACCCAAGGACAUGCGCAGGCAUGUACGAGCACUGGAGGAGUUAUUGCAUGAGAAAUCCACUGGUCUUAUCACGGGAAUCGAGCGGUUUAGCACCCGGAAAAUUUUAAAUGAAAACGGAACUGUCGAAGAGCUUUCCGGAGCCACUGAUGUUUGGUUCUAUGCGGUUGAUCCCAAAUCUGAGAAAAUUCUGGCACGAAACUCCACGACCGUUCUAAGUACUAUCCUUGCACCAACGACCCUUUCGCAAAUCAAUUUCGAAGCAUCUAGUAUCGCUCGUGCCACGGCUCAGGGAAUAUUUGGACCCGUCGAACCGAAGCAGCAAAUCCAAAAAGUGAAAGCCGCAGUACUUGUGAACGACGAUGUCUUCCCUUAUGCGCUUAUCGCCGUAGCUGUCGUCAUUCUUGUUCUAGGAUCCGUCGGGAUCGUUUAUAUUUGCAUCUCAUGGUCCAAAUACAAGAAUUUCAAACAAAGAAUGCGCCAGUAUACGGCCCCUGCUAGUCCCGUUCGCUACGAUCCGGUAAUAAUCAAUUCCCAAGCACCAGCCACAGAGAAUCAAACUAGUCUGAAAGAGUACGAAACGCAAGUCCUAGCAAUGGCAGUCCCACUAGAUGAAGGUGACGAUCUUCAGUUAGACUUCAGCGCCAAAAACCAUGCUUUUAGCUUAGAUAACGUUAGCUACAUUACGCAUAAGGAAAACGGUCAACACAGUCCUACGAACUCCGAUGCCACGACAGCCGUCGUCGGUACGCUGCAACGCAACAAUAAUAACAAUACGAAAAACAACAACAAUCUUAACAUCAACAAUCGACAAAACACCUUGAACCGAACGUUGGAGAUGAACCGAAACAACUACCUGAACCCGUUGGGUUCGGUCAGCAACGGAACACUGCCUGGAACGCUUACACUUGGAAGGAUCAAAUCAGAACGAAACAAUUACAUCAAUGGCUAUGGUGACACCCUAAACCGAAACAAUCUAUCGAUGGCCCAGAACAACACCUUCAACACGCUCGGUCGUAACCACCGGAACAACAACACUGCCAGCAACAACAUCAACAACAUGAACCAUCAGCACAACCAUCACCACGGGCAGGAGAUCGUCGCAAACACCCUAGGACGAAACAAUCGCUACACCGAUGUGCCAAUCAGCAAUCCCCUGUUCCACAUUCGUCAAAAUGGCGACCUUCAGUCACAGCCUCAGCUCAACCACGCCAGUCCCACCAACGAGAAUGUCACCUUCGGCAAGCGGGACUACAGCCAGCUGCCCUUCUCGUAUCUUAACGAUCUCGACCGGUCGGAUGCUGAAACGACCACCGAGCUCUAGAGACGAUUGUAAAGCCACUGUUCUUAUAACCACUAAGAAAUGUUCGAGAGAUAACCGCAAAAACAAAAUUGCAGCAAAGUGUGUAGGUAAAACAAAACUUUCGGAAGCCAUCUUGAAAAACAAGUAAUAGGUCAACUGCCGUAGUUGUAAGUUAGUUUAGUUCUCCUCUAAACGUUGUUUUUAUGUUUUCAUUUUCUUUGGUUAGUUUAUAAGAUACUCGUAGUUAGCUGCAAUAUUAAUCACGUCAACAUUUUACUUUCUCUUCGUUUCCGCUCAAGGCAUUUCUUACCUUCCGCAGGGAAACUACCUUUUCUGUAUAUCGACUCGUACAAAUGAUCGUGUCUUAUUUAUAUUUACAUAGUUUUGUUAUUAUUACGAACAGAAAUUUUAAAGUCUGUCUUUGUAUAAAGCAAUAGGAUUUUUAAAUCGUUUAAAGUAAGAAAAGGUUACACCGAACCUUUUCAUUGUACAUAUGCAGUCAUUCGAUAGCUAGCUAAGCGUAGGGUGACGAGAACGAUUAGAUAACGUCCGAAGGAUAAUACCGUAAAUGCUAGGGAAACGGCGAACAAGGUGGACCGGGUGCCAAAUUGCGCCUUUCCAGGAACUGAAACUGUGUGGAUUAGAACAAUUAGGAAGUUACUCAUUAUUUUUCGCGCCACUUUACCGAGUGUAACUUGAGAAAUAGAAACAAAGUAAAUAGUAUCGUAAGCCAAAAUUUUUUUACUCAACGCGUUGUAAAAAAAAGUCAUACAUAAUGUGAAAUAAAUUUUAUUUAGAAGAGAUUACUUGUAAAAAAAAUGUUCAAUAUUAUUUUAA